CUUAUCCAGAGUGAUUUACAUUAGUGAGUGCAUACAAUUUCGCACUUUUUAAACAAAUAUUUUUUUCUUUAUUCUCAAAGCAUUCAAAAAACUAGGCCUAUGUUUUACUGAAACGCCACGUUUUGGUAACCGGAAUAAAGCAACAAUAUCUUCAACUGUUUCUCUUGACGUGUGUUUGCCGUGAGUCAUUCAAAUGGACAAUAAACAUUCACAAGCGAAGGCAGAGACGGAACAGGAGACCCGUCCGCCCGCUAAAGACUCACCUUUCUCUAUCAAGAACCUGCUCAACUUCGACAGUAAACCUUCCAAACCGAAGACGCUGCUUGCCACCACCAAAGGACUACUGGAAGGAGGUUUCUCUCUCUCCCGGAUCGGUGAUUUAACUUUUCCUAGUUUUGACAUCCCAGCCCAGAGAUUUGGAUUAUCGGCGCACUAUUUGGAACGAGCGUCGGCGUGGUGGUAUCCCUACGCGCUUGGCACAUCGGGACACCAUCUAUACAGGACCGGAGGGUUUGAGAAGGACGUCGUGAGAGACACACCAUCAACAGGCGGGGACCGAGACACACCGGAGCUGCUGCGAAAAUCACCCGACCAAGACGACCCAGAGGACGACAAAAACAAAAGUACUGAUGAUGUCGUUCUGGAGGAGAGUGAUGGGGAUGAACCAAAGAAGGAAGUAGAGUUGGUGGAUGACUGGAGGAAAAUUAAAGACGAGAACUCGGAUAAAAAAACGUGUCGGAAAAAGAAAACGCGGACAGUCUUUUCAAGGAGUCAGGUGUUUCGGUUGGAGUCAACGUUCGAUAUGAAACGGUACCUCAGUAGCUCGGAACGGGCAGGCCUGGCGGCAUCCCUACACCUCACGGAGACCCAGGUGAAAAUCUGGUUCCAGAACAGAAGGAACAAGUGGAAACGACAGUUGGCCGCGGAACUCGAAGCGGCCAAUCUGAGCCACGCCGCGGCCCAGAGGAUAGUCCGCGUUCCCAUAUUGUACCACGACAACACCGGCUCAGAAACGGGCAGCGCUGGGAACGUGUCAGUCAGUCAGUCUCUACUAACAUUCCCUCAUCAAAUGUACUAUUCACAUCCACUAGUCACAUCCGUGCCGCUGCUGAGACCAGUUUGAGAGACUCAUUUAUUGUGUUGAUAUUUAUGUAUUGUAAUUUAUGUAUUACAAACAUUAUUAGGGCUAUUUUUAUUUAUUUUUAAUCUAUGAUAAUAGUUGGUGUUGGUUAAAAGGCUUUGUAUAUUGUACAGGUCUAUUAUGACAAAUGUUGUAUUUAUUAUUAUUAUUAUUAUUAUUUGUAUUCCCGUGUCCAAAACUGAAAUAUUUCCUCCUUAUUCAAAUAAUUUCAUAUUAAAUCGUUGUGCGUCCA